AUGAAUAUACAAUGCCCCUUACAUAACAAACUUAUUAUACAAAUUGAUAUCGAUGUUAAUACUCCACUUGGAGAAAGAGCUGUUUGUAUUGAAUGCCCAUCAAAUAGUCGCGAAAAUAUUCCAAGAGUCUUACAGAAAUUUAAAGAAAUUAAUUAAUAAGUAGUGGAGGAAAUCAGAUCUCAAAAAUAUAUUUAAAUAGAAUCAUCAAAAGAAAUAAAAAAAAGAGUUUCCAAUAUUUAAGAGCUAUUUAAUAUGAAAAUGAAUGAAAUACUGUAAAUAAUAGAAAACGAGAAUAAAAGCUAUUUAAUUAAGCUAAUAGAAAAAGAAAAUGAGCUCUAAGUCGAAGAAGAGAACUAAUUAACUUUAUCGAAAUUAUAAAAUAUUGCUUAAAUGGUGGUUUUGAGUUCUAAUAAUAUGCACAAAACUUCACAAUUUUAAAAAGAUAUUUAACAGACAAUCAAAUCAAUUGAGCUUAUAAAUUAGCAGUUGUCCAAAUAAGUAGAAUAGUUACAACUCGAUCUCAAGAUUCAACUUAAUUCAUUAAGCGAUUAUCUACUAACAUAUACGAAGAAUUGUGUAAUAGUUAAUACUAGUGUUAAUAAUGAAAGUUUGUUUAAGUCAUAGGAAAGGUGUAAAUUACAGAUAAUUCAUUAAUUAGAAUAAGCUUAUGACACUUGUGUUUUCAAUGAUAAGGUGUUGUAUCUCACAAAUAAGAAUGAAGAGGAAACAGAUAUUUAUAAAAUGGAAGUUUAAGGAGUAUUGAAAAAAUUACAAACUUUAAGGAAUGAUGUGAUUAGUUUAGGGAUGAAUCAACAGUAACUUUUUGUAAGAAGUGCAUCAAACAAUAUUUUGAUUUACCAAACAGAUAAAUCAUUUGUAUUAAAAUAAAUCAUCAAUGGAACAAAAAAAGAUGAAGGGUGGAGUCCAUGUAUGGUGUCAAUUGAAAAGAAAUAAUUUUUAAUAUGCGCAUAACCAACUCCCAAAAUAAUAAUCUACAUCAAAGAACAAGAAAAUGAGACUUGGUCAGAACAUUCUGUCUUAGAAGAUUUCUUUUGGCCUGUAUAGGAUUUGAGCUGUCAUCAAUUUACUAUGAAUAUUGUGAUCUGCACUCAUAAUAAAGACAUAUUUAUUUGGAAGUAAGUAACCAAACAAAAUUAAAUAAAGUGGGUGCCAUUAUGUGAUCCAAUUAAGAAAGCACAUAGUGAUAGGAUUUAUAGUAUCAGUUGGGUGAAAUCAGAUUAAUUUAUUAGUGGAGGAUUGGAAAUUAAAAAUUGGAAAUAGAACAAAAGUGGCGAUUUCAUUAACAUCUAAAAAUUAGAUAAACUUCACAUAGUAGGUAGACUUUUCCAUUUAAGCAUACCUAAUAUUGUGAUAGUGUUAGAAUAAGAUAGCUGCUUAGAAAUUUGGAAUAUUGAUGAUAAAGAUUAACUAAUAAUGUAAGACUCAAUAAAGGGGAGCUAUAAAAUACUUUCUGUAUUUUAAGAAUCAAGCUCAAUAGCGGUGAACAAUUUACACAAUUAGGUGUUACAAAUAUUGAAAUUCUGUUAUUGA